CCCGUCUCCAGCUCAGGAGCCAGCCACAGCCCACAGCUAUUCAUCAGCUUGACCUCCCCGUCCGCCCGCUUCUCGCGUCGAGGUCGGCCGCGCGCCACUCUGAAUCCCCAGGGCACCACACCGCCGGACAACCUCGAGAAGAAGCACCGGCAACGACGACGAGCUAGCACUAGCAGUCAGUCACAGCCGGGCAAGAUUGAUUCGGACGAGCAGCCGAUGAUGAUGCACGGGAACGGGCACGGGCACGGCCGUGUCCACCCGGCGUCCUCCAGCUCCGACUUCUCCGGCGAGAUGAACCAGUCGGCCGUGUCCGACCCCUCCUCCAGCCCGCUCUACAGCUUCCACUUCGAGAAGCCCGUCCCGCCGCCGCCGCCCGCAGGCACGUACGUGGUGCAGGUGCCCAAGGACAAGGUCUUCCGCGUCCCGCCGCCCGAGAACGCGCGCCUCUUCGACCACUACACGCGCCGCGCCAGGCGCCGCCGCCGCGGCAGCUGCUCCUGCGCGUGCCUGCUCGUCGGAGCCGCAGUCGCGCUCGCCGCCGCCCUCGCCGGCGUCCUCGCGUGCCUGGUCCUCGGGCCGAAGCCGCCGGCGUACGCGGUCCAGGCGCUGGCCGUCUCCGGUCUCGUCAACGCCUCCUCCUCCCCGGCCGCGCUCUCGCCGGGGUUCGACGCGACCGUGCGCGCCGACAACCGCAACGGCAGGCUCGGCGUGCGGUACGAGGGGGGCCGGGGCCGCGUCUCCGUGUCGUACGGCGGCGCGCUCCUGGCCGACGGCGCGUGGCCGGCGCUCUACCAGGCUCCCCGGAACGUGACGGUGGUCGUGGCGAGGGCGAGGGGGUCCGGGGUACGGCUGUCGCGGAGCGUGCGAGGGCAGUUGGCCGCGGCGGAACGGCUCCGGUCGGUGCCGUUCGACAUGGACGUCGACGUGCCCGUGCGCCUCCAGCUCGGCGUGGUCAGGACGUGGGCCGUGCCGCUGCGGGCGCGCUGCACCGUGGCGGUCGACAGGCUCGCGGCCGACGCCAGGGUGGUGUCCAACUCGUGCGACGUCAAGGUGCGCCUCCUGUCGUGGUGGAGGAACUGACGAUGGCGCCAUGGUGGCGGAUUACAUACUUGAGCACUUCUUGUUUGGUUUUAGGAUGCGUUUUCCCCUCAUUUGUAAGCUGGUUUGGUUCCCCAAUGUGGAUCUUGUCAUCGUAGUAUCAUAUCAGGAACGCUGUCAAAUCGUCUUGCGACUAAUGUCAUGUUGGUGAGUUGCUCAAGAGUCGAGACUGAAGAAUUGACUAAUGUUUUGUUCAAGUGCAACUCAAAUUUGUACUUACCAUCCAACUAAUUUGGACUUCAAACAA